AAUCGAUGUGUUUGCGCAUCUCUAGUUGCCCGGAGCAUAUGUAACAAUUGGGAGUAUUUUUAUUUUUAGGGAAAAACACUUGAUAUUCUCACGAAAAACAUGGCAGCCAGCGGAAAACUGAUGCUGAGCAGCGGCCUCUGCCAAAAGCUGAGCCAGUUCACCAGGCACAUUCACAUGCAACCGGCACUUCUGUCCAGUUUUCGGUCAUCCCGCGAGGUCCAGGAGCUGGACAAGUAUCCCGACGUGGAGGUGGUGGCCAAUCCGCCCGAGUGGCGUUUCGUGGAGCGUCUGCUGCCGGCGGAAACAGUCCCAAAGCCGGUGGAGAAGCCAAAAUACCCAUCCGGCUGGCGGCCACAGAAGGAGAACGGAUCGGAAACUGGUUACUUCGUGGCCAGGACAAAGAAUCACAUGGUGCCGGUGUAUCUGCACACCCGGUUUCGUGGCCAGCGCAGGAUCACGGUGGUUCGUCGCGUCCAAGGAGACAUCUGGUCGCUGGAGAAGGAUCUGCGGGCGGUGGUGGAGCAGUCGCGGAAUGGCAAGCUCUGCGCCACGAGGAUCAACGAGCUGAGCGGACAGAUCCACUUCCACGGCGAUCAUGUGGACGUACUGCGGGACUAUCUCAAGGAGAAGGGCUUCUAAAGAUCCCCAAAAUGUUCAUUUUAUACCCCAAUAAACUAUGUUCUGUUGAUUUAAA